AUGCCCAACAGCAGCUCCAUCACUGAGUUCCUCCUCCUGGAAUCUGCAGACACGCGGGAGCUGCAGCUCUUGCACUUCUGGCUCUUCCUGGGCAUCUACCUGGCUGCCCUCCUGGGCAAUGGCCUCAUCAUCAGCACCGUAGCCUGCGACCAUCACCUCCACACCCCCAUGUACUUCUUCCUCCUCAACUUAUCCCUUCUUGACCUGGGCACCAUCUCCACCACUGUCCCUAAAUCCGUGGCCAAUUCCCUGUGGAACACCAGGGCCAUUUCCCACCCAGGAUGUGCUGCUCAGGUCUUUCUGUUUACCUUUUUGAUCUCAGCAGAAUUGUAUCUCCUCACUGUCAUGGCCUAUGACCGCUACGUUGCCAUCUGCAGACCCCUGCACUACGGGACCCUCCUGGGCAGCAGAGCUUGUGUCCACCUGGCAGCAGCUGCCUGGGGCAGUGGGUUUCUCACUGCUGUGCUGCACACUGCCAGUACAUUUUCACUACCCCUCUGCCAAGGCAAUGCUGUGGACCAGUUCUUCUGUGAAGUCCCCCAGAUCCUCAAGCUCUCCUGCUCACACUCCUACCUCAGGGAAUUUGGGCUCAUUGGGAUCACUGCCUUUUUUGCAUUUGGGUGUUUUGUUUUCAUUGUGCUGUCCUAUGGGCAGAUCUUCAGGGUCGUGCUGAGGAUCCCCUCUGAGCAGGGACGGCACAAAGCCUUUUCCAUGUGCCUCCCUCACCUGGCUGUGGUCUCCAUGUAUGUCAGCACUGACAUGAUUGCACACUUGAAGCCCCCCUCCAUCUCCUCCCCAUCCCUGGACCUGGUGGUGGCAGUUCUGUACUCAGUGGUGCCUCCAGCAGUGAAGCCCUUCAUCUACAGCAUGAGAAACCAUGAGAUCAAAGAUGUUCUGAGGAAAGUGAUUUCAUGGACGUUUUUCAAUACCAGUAAACUUCCAGUCUUCUUCCACAAGUGA